GCGCGCGGGCUGGGCGGGCCCGGCACGCGGCCGCCCGGGGUCUGGCCUGGCGCCGCCUGCGUCCGGGCCUCCGGGAGCGGCGGUCGGGCCGGCGGCCGCGUGCCCGGGAGCGCGGGAGGGGGCGUCGCCCCGGGCUCUGCGCCCCCGAGCCGGCGGGCCCCGCCGGACCCCCUCCCCCGCCCCGGCCACGUCUCCGGACGGGGACCGAAAAGGGCCCCUCCCUCCUGCCUGUCCGCGGGGGCCGCGCGUGAGCCUCGGGGGGAGGCCGCCCGGAUGGGCCGCUGCCUGGCGCCCGGCGCGGCUGGACACACGCCCCCGCGGCCUCCGGGGCGCGGAGCGCCUGCAGGCGCUGCUCCUCCCUUCCGGCCGGGUGUGACGGCCCCCCAGCCCGCCCCCCGCAUCACCCAAGGCCCGCCGCUCUCCUCCCCGCAGCGCCGGCCUGCGGGCUGCCUGGGUUUGCACUUGGCCGCCCCUGGGGUACCCGCCUUGCCGCGUCAUUGUGAGGAGCGGGAGCGACUCGAAGCGGGCCCCCCAGGAGCCGAGGCGCAGUGUUAAAGGAAAAGGAGCAGAUUCUCAUGAAGUCAUUGGGAUACCAACCUAUAAACCAUAUAUAAAGUCAUUUCAUUAUGAAUAAUGGAGGCAUUUUUCCUACCAUUAUGUGAGAGUAUAAUUGCUGAAAUAAGAUUUAAUAUUUAAUAAGAUCUAAGUUUUCCCUAAAGUCACUUCCCCUAAGCGUUAUUUAAACUGCUAUCUUAAUUCAGGAACUAAGUAAACACCAAUACAUCUACUGAUCACUGUCUUGCUGUUAUUUGAAACUCAGGAGCCAAAUAGAUCUAGAUAGUGAAGGGUGCAUGUACAUUUAUUAAAAUUUUUAACACAUUUAUUUAAAGCUGUUCGUUUCUCUCUAAGCAGUGCUGUAGCCGUUUCCUACAAAUUUUGAUGUUUUGUUUUCAUUAUUAUUCAAUAUAAAAUAUAUAUUUUAAUCUCUUGUGGUUUUUUUGUUUGUUUCUUUGACUGUAGGUAAUUUAAUAUUGUUAUUUAACAGUUUCCAUAUAUUGGGAUAGUCUAGGUAUUUUAUUGUUACUGAUUUCUAGUUUAAUUACACUGUGGUUGGAGAAUCUAUAGUUUAGGAUUCCAGUGUUUUGAAACUUAAUUAUACAUAUGGUCUGUUUUGGCAAAUGCUUUGUAUGCACUUGAAUGUGUAUUCUGCAGUUGGUUUAAAUGUCAGUGAGAUCAGCUUGGGUGAUGGUGUUGCUCACAUUUUCUAUAUCCUCACCAAUUUUUUUGGCCUAUUUUUUCUAUCAAUUACUGAGAGAAUGGUGUUAAAAUCUCCAACUAUGAUUGAAGAUUUGUCCCUUCAGACCUGAUGUUAGGUGCAUACAUAUUUAGGUUGCUUUGUGUUCUAGGUGACUUGACCCAUUUAUUAUAAUGAAAUGUCCCUCUUUUUCUCUUUGUCAUGAAGCCUUUUGGUCAGAUACUAAUAUAGCUAUAUAAGUUUUCAUGUACUUGCUGUUUGCACGGAAUGUCUUUCCCCCACCAUUUUAUUUCCAAACUGUCUGUGUCUUUGUAUAUAAAAAUGUCUCUUGUAGACAACAUAUGGUUGGGCCUUGCUUUUUUAAAUCACUACCUUAUAAUUCAAGUAUUUAGUCCAUUUAUAUUUUAUUGAUAUGGAUGGAUAUUAGUCUGUCAUAUUGUCUUUUUUUCCAUUUGAUCUUUCUGGUUUUUAUUCUUCUCUUGAUCCGUUCCUGUAUAUUAUUGACUGUUUUUUAGUGUUCAUCUGUUGGCUUUUUAGCUGUACCUCUUUGUAUAAUAUUUUUAUAGCUAGCAGUAUGCAUCCUUAAAUUAUCAAAGUUUAACAUCAGAGUGUACUUUAAUGUUGUACCACUUUAUAAUUCACAUUUCUCAUUUCCUGCCCCUCACUUAACAUGCUUACAUUUCCCGUCUGUCACCUCACCUGACACUGCUUCUUACUGCCAGUUUUCUAUUUCUAAAUUAGCAUUUCAUAAAUGUAAUAACCUAACAACAGUUUAAUUCCAUUUACCCCCUCCUUUGUGCUGUUUUUAUCUUUUACUUGUACUUAGCUUAUGUUCUACGUAUACUAUUGUUAAUUUUGCCUUAACAGUCAGUUGCCUUUUAAGGAAGUUAGAAGAAAUCAAAGCAUAGUAUCUUAUACUUAUUCACUAUGUGUUUAUCAUUUUUGGUGAUCUUCAUUCCUUUCUGUAGAUGAGUUUCCCUUUAACUGAAUGUCCUUUAGCAUUUCUUAUAGUACAAGUCAUUGGUGAAAAAUCCUCUUAGCUUAUUUAUCUGAAAAAUGUCUUUAUUUUAAUUCUUUCUUUGAAAGGUGUUUUUGUGGGAUGUGGAAUUCUGGGUUGAUGGUUCAUUUUCUAGAAUUUUUCAUUUGUUUCUUUUUAUAAUUUCUGUUUCUCUGUGAAAAGUCACUAUCUCUUCUCUCAUUAAAAUGAUAUUGUUUUUCAGCUCUCAGGCCAUCUGGUAUUGGUUUCUCUUGACUGCUUUUCCCUUGAUUUGGGGUCACAUUUUCCUGUUUCUUUACAUGUCUAGUCAUUUUGGAUUGCAUCCUGGAUAUUGUGGAUAGCACAUUGUAGACACUAAGGAUUCUGUUAUCUUCCUCUGAAGAGUGUUGAUUUUUAUUCUAGAAGUCAGUUCAGUUACUGACUGAUCUCCUUUGACCUAUGUUGGCUUGGUUUUAGGGCAGAUCUUUGGAAAGCACAAGGUGUUUCCCAAAUUCUUUUUUUUUUUUUUUCUUUUUUUUUUUUGAUGGGGGUGCUGCACUGCCUGGCUUCUGGGAUCUUAGUUCCCUGAUCAGGGAUUCAGCCUGGGCCCUUGGCAGUGAAAGCAUGGAGUCCUAACCACUGGACCACCAGGGAAUUUCCCCAACUUCUUCUAACUGGAUCAGAAUAGACCAGUAGACUGGGCCUCCUCUGUGGAUCUUGUUGAAACUUGGCUUUAGGUUUUUUAGGGCAGGUUUAGAGUAGGUCUUAUUCUAGACAAUGGUCCUUCCUCCUCACAUGUGGCCUUUCUGGUUUCGCAGGAUGCCUUGAGUGUUAAUAAGCUCUCUCUACUCUCAGGGUCAGAAACUCAAAUGUCUCUCAUCGCUGAUUGGCCUUUUGUGUCCUUCCUUUGCUCUUUCAGCCUGGUAGCAGCUGCUCUCUGUUGAACCUUGCCUAGUUUCACCCUGCUGAGUGCAGUCCAACUCUUGGCCAGGACUCACAGGGAAACCCCACACACACUUCUGCUUCUGCCCCCAUAGCUCCCUCCUCCCCACGGCCCACCCUCCAGUCACUGCAGCAGCUCCAGAUGGUGAUCGCUGCUUCCCCAGUUUAGUGAGACCCCCGGCCUCCGCCUGAGCUCCAGCUUCCUGCACUAGGGGUGGGAAAUCGUCUCCAUGCAGACCGCUGGGAUGAUCGCGGGGCCCUACUCAUGCCUUUUCUUCUCUCGGGGUUCCAUUCUUGCCUGCCAGUUGGCCAGUGCUUGAAAACAGUGGCCCCUUAGAUUUUCUCCAGUUUUGUCGUUGUUUCCGGUGGGUGGGCUGCCAUGACCAGACACAGAAUGCCUGGAUUCUUGAGCACAUACGUUGCUGCAGCACUCUGGGUGGGUCUCUUCACAAACAAAAAUACAGGGAGGCCCACACAGGAAACAUAAUAGUGGAUCGAUCCUCUUUACCUUACUCCUCCUGUUUUUGUACCCUUGAAAACAAUUGCUUUCUUUUUCUGUUUGUUUUAUUUUUAGUUUUAUUUAUUUAUUUUUAAUUAUUUUUGGCUGUGUUGGGUCUUCGAUGCUGCAUGCAGGCUUUCUCUAGUUGAGGAGAGUGGGGGCUACUCUUCAUUGCGGUGCGGGGACUUCUCAUUGCGAUGGCUUCUCUUGUUCGGGCACACGCGCUCUAGGCGCACGGGCUUCAGUAGUCGCAGCAUGUGGGCUCAAUAGUUGUGGUUCACGGGCUCUAGAGCACAGGCUCAGUAGUUGUGGCGCACAGGCUUAGUUGUUCCACGGCAUGUGGGAUCUUCCUGGAUCAGGGCUCAAACCCGUGUCCCCUGCAUUGGCAGGCGGAUUCUUAACCACUGCACCACCUGGGAAGCCCCUGUUUGUUUUAUUUUUAAAUGAUGUUGUGAUAUAGGGUGAAUUGUUUGGGUGAAGUGCUGGGGAUGAGAACAUUGCUUUUACACCUCAAGGGAAAAGCAGCCAUCAAAGGCUAGAGUGUUGUGCUGACCUCUGAUUAAGCCAGACACCCAAGUGACUGGGUGUUUUUUGGUUGUUGUGGUUAAUGUUAUGGAGAAAUGAUGACCUCUAGCUCCUUCAUAAUAUUUAAAGAUAAACCCAAUAAUCCAGUAUUAAGAUUAUAUGCAAGAAAGCUAGCUAGAAUCGUGCAUGCUCCUUUUAAAAUAUCUUACUAUCAGCUUUGACAUUUAAUAGUUUUCUUUUCACUGUGUUAGUUGCUGCCUUCUGAAUUUUGAUACCACUCGCUAUAAAACAGUGAUUACUUGCUUCAGGUCUGUGGGAAUGUGUUUGAGGUAGUCAUUGUUUAUUCUAAACCUUCUUUCAGUCCAGGGUUGAAAAUUUCAGUGUUACAGGUUUUUCAUAAAUUCCCAGUUGUCAACGUGGCAUUCAAAAGAGGUCACUUAGAAAUUUCAUUCCACCUUUUGGGGAAGAGUUCUCUUCCACCUCAUAUUUAUUUUGGAAGCAUCUGAUUAUUUCAACUAUAGUCUUUAUUCCUAGGGCAUCGAUAUCUUUGUUUAGCUUUAUUUUUUGUCCUGCAGACAUAUGGAUGCAGAUAUUGGAGUGUUUUGCGGAAGAGUGUUUAGCUGGAAACCCACAGUGAAAACACUUGAUGUGGUGCAUUUCAUUCUUCUAUUUGGUCUGGCCAUUUGAAGACCGAGAGAGAAUGUUGUAAAAAUGGUCAGGGUGAUGGUGACAGUUUAGAUAUGGUAUUAGUGGUUUGCUUUGUGGCUUCAAGUUUACCAUCUUUCGAAAUAGAAGAGUAUAUCCAUUGAUUUCAGAAGAUCCACGGUUGCCUCUGAGGCUUCUCAGGCAGGGUGUGUGAAUUUGUUCUUUCUGAAAGUGCAUCCCUCUCCUCCACAUAUCGUCGCUCUCACUCCCCCUCCAGUGUCCCAGUGAGAGGCUCUGUGAAGACCUGGUUCUCCCAGGGACAGCUCCGUCCCAGAAGCACAUCACCUAAAAGGACCUGCCAAGCCAGACGAUGCCCGUGGAGCUGGGGCAGGCUUCAGUCCUGCUGCCGCUCCUGGCCAAGGCUGAGGAGUCCGCCUUCUCUGGACCAGAUGCCGCCCCUCGAGGGGAGCCCUCUAGCCCUGAGACUGCACGCCAGCUUUUCAGGCAGUUUCCCUACCAGGUCAUGUCCGGGCCCCACGAAACCCUGCGACAGCUUCGGAAGCUCUGUUUCCAGUGGCUGCAGCCAGAGGUUCACACCAAGGAGCAGAUUCUAGAGAUCCUGAUGUUGGAGCAGUUCCUGACCAUCCUGCCCGGGGAGAUCCAGAUGUGGGUGCGGAAGCAGUGUCCAGGCAGUGGGGAGGAGGCAGUGACCCUUGUGGAGAGCUUGAGGGGAGACCCCCAGAGGCUGUGGCAGUGGAUCAGCAUCCAAGUUCUGGGACAGGAAGUCUCCUCCGAGAAGGUGGAACCUGCAAGCUGCCCAGCAGGGGAAGCGGAGUCCCGUGUUGAAGUGCCUCAGGAGCUGGGACUUCAGAACUCAGCCUGCGGGUCUGGGGAGCCACUGAGCUGCAUUGUGAAAGAGGAGUCUGACGCGGAGCAAGGACUAGCAGUGGCUGCCUCCCCGCCUCCUACCCGACCCGAGGACAGGCUCAUCGGAGACCAGGACUUCGGAGGCUCCCUCCUCCACACAGUGCCUCAGGAGCAGUGGAGGCACCUGGAUUCCACUCAGAAGGAGCAGUACUGGGAUCUCAUGCUGGAGACGUACGGGAAAAUGGUCUCAGGAGGUAUUUCCAAUCCCAAGCCUGACCUGACUGACCCAACUGGGUAUGGGACAGAGCUGGCAGGACCGCAUCUACACAUCAGCGAGAAGACCCCAAGACCCAUCUGCAUAGGGGACAGACAGGAGAAUGACAAAGAGAACUUAAACUUGGAGAACUACAGGGACCAGGACCCUCGCGCCUCAGGAGAGCCUCCUUCUCAGGCUUCCUUGAGCGGCCUCUUCAGCGAGGACGAGGUGAGACAUUCUGGGGAAGGAGAGACGCUCCCUGAGGCCCAGGAGAACCUUCAGGGCGAGGGGCCAGGGGGACAGCUCUCUCCGAGAGAGAGGAAUUCCGGGAAGCAGCCAGGUCAGCAUCUGCCGCCGCCUCUUCCCGGAGAGCCGUCUGCGCUGUGGCUGGAGGAGAAGAGAGAGGCCUCCCCGCGGGGGCAGCCGAGAGCCCCUAUGGUCCAGAGACUGCCUACCUGCAGGGAGUGUGGGAAAACCUUCUACCGGAAUUCCCAGCUGGUUUUUCACCAAAGAACUCACAGCGGAGAGACAUACUUUCAGUGCCCCACCUGCAAAAAAGCCUUUCUGCGGAGUUCAAACUUCGUGAAGCAUCAGCGAAUUCACACAGGAGAGAAGCCCUGCAAGUGCGAUUACUGUGGGAAGGGCUUUAGCGACUUCUCGGGACUGCGCUACCACGAGAAAAUCCACACGGGAGAGAAGCCCUAUAAGUGUCCCAUCUGUGAGAAAAGUUUUAUUCAAAGAUCCAACUUUAAUAGACAUCAGAGGGUUCACACAGGGGAGAAACCCUAUAAGUGCUCCCGCUGCGGGAAGAGCUUCAGCUGGCGCUCAAGCCUUGACAAACAUCAACGAUCCCAUUUGGGAAAGAAGCCCUUUCAAUAGCCGAGCUCUCUGAGCCCAUUUCUGUCUCCCGGUCCGUUUAAAAAUACUUGGCUCCACCUGGAGAAACUGCAUCUCUUAGAAAAUAUCCUUGUCCUCUCAUUGUUUCAUGGAUUGGAGAACAGAGACUGGAGCCUGCUCUUAGGUGGGGGGACCUCUCGGCCUCAGGAUCGGAUUUUGCGCAGGUUGACUUUCUUGCUUCUGCAUCAGGAGAAAGAGAAGUCUUCAUCUUUCAGCUUGCCUCUUCUCUCAGACCCCUUGGGGAAAAUGUGUCACUUGGAGCUCCUGUUUUCGAAGUGCUCUCUGGGAAGAGUUUAACUGGAUUAGCUGCAGCUGCUGCUGGGGAGAGCCUUGGGUCCACCCCGUAGAACUGCGGUCCUAGAGCAGGUCUUCUGUUCCAGAAGAGGGGGCGUAGAGGCCAGUGAGCUCAGUGUGGUCUUUGUUGUACGGGUGCAGAGCUUACUCCAAGUGUCCCUUGUUUUCAAUAAACUUGGUGGUCACUCCUUGUCUCGUCUGUGUGCAGCGUUCACGUGUGCUGACUGGAACUUACAGACCCCAAGUGGUGGCCGAGCUCCUAGAUCAGCUCGUACCAACCCACCAAGUUUACCAGCUAGCGGAACAGUGACGGGAACAUGCUAGCCUGGUGCUCAGGUGAGAGCUCGGCCACUGCUGGGCGCUCUGGUGUCCUCUUUCCAUGCCCGCCUCCCACCUGCUCUGGGGCCUCAAGUUGCCCCUCUUUCUCCUGGCGUCCCCCUUAGGCCAUCCAUCAUUUUUGCCAAAGUGGCCUGGGCUGUAAAAUUAUCUUCCUUAUCUCAUUUUAUCUGUACGUGUUAGGAAGAAAUCAAUAGUGUUGAUCCAAUUUAUAGUGUGUCUAGAGGUUUAUUAACACAUAUAUCUAACCUGUCCAUUUGUCCUUGUCUUCAAAAGUGACGUGACCCAGAGUGUCCUGCUCUCAUACCGUGAGACCACUUUCCUUCCCUCUUGGUCCUCCUUUGCCUGCUCUUACUCUACUGUUCCCGGUGAGGAUCAGGAAGGAUGACGUGGAUGAGGAGGACAGAGUUAUCUCCCUGGAAACAGAUGAGCUGUAGGCAAGAAACUGCAACCAAUGGGAACUACAUUUCUGGCUGAUGUGAGAAGAGACGGCACUCAAGUUGGAAUACCCAGAUUCCAGAGGAAUUUGUUAACUCCCUUAGAGCAUAAAGAUGGGGAAUAAGGCCCUUCUUUGGGGCAUGCAGGAACCGCAAGGCAGAAGGAAGGAAAACCAUGGUGGAAUUGGCAUUAGAUUCUAUAUUCUCAGAGCAGGGGUUUGUAGGAGGGCAGGAUUUUACGUCUUGAAUCAGGAGUUCUCAAAGUCCCCACACCUGCAGUGUUGGCGAUUCCUUAGACUUACUGCAUCAAGCUCUGAAGGGUGGGGCCCAACGGGAUUCUGAUGCCUGCUCAGGAUGAAGAACCACUGUUCUGAGUAGUAAUUCAUCCAGAAAUGUCUCUCCAAGGAUACGUGGGAAUAAUGAUCCUAGAAGGAAUGGUGAGCCCUCCCAGAUGACUUAACAAACACGCCUCCCCAUAGAGUUCUUCACAGCUCAUUAAAACUGUAGACCUCUUCGGGUGUCCAGUGAAAAUGCUUUCCACAGAGGAAAGUCUAGGACACUUUUAGGUUAAAAAGCUUUAGGUGAAGGGUUUCUCCAUGGGCCCCUCUUAAAUAAUCAGAAGGAUGAAAGAAGGAAACAACCUACCUUGUUUGCAGUUUUGUCUUCAGCAAGGAGUAGGUAUUAAACACUUGUUAAAUGGAUGUGUGGAUUAAUGAAGGAUAAAUAUUGCAUAUAUACCUUCCUCAUUCUCUAGAGCAGUGGUCAGUAAAACUCAGCCCCCCACCUGUUUUUGUAAAUAAAGUUUUAUCGGAACAUGGCCAUGCCCAUUCAUUUAGAUGUGCCCUGUGGCUGCUUCGGGGUUACAGGCAGAGGUGAGCGGUUGCAGCAGCAGCAGUAUGCCCUGCGAAACCUAAAAUAUGUACUAUCGGAUCCUUAACAGACAAAG